GAGUCCUGACAGGUGUCACGUGGUGAUGCCCCGUCUUCGCCAGCUCAAGCUGCCUGUCGCCAUCAUCAUCGGUUUCUGCAUCAUCUACUUCCUGUUGCACCGUCAUGCCAGCGACAUUAACCGUCGCCCGAGACCUUUCCGACCACGAGCCCACAAGGGAGUUCCAAUGCCCCUUCCCCCCGACGAUGCUGACGAUAGUGGGAAAUCAUCCCAGUACAGUUUAGAGUAUCUCCACGAUUUAGGGAGGAUUGAGACACCUGACGACCAGCGUAAACAUGAUCAAGGUUACCACCACCAUGCGUUCAACAUCCUCAUCAGCUUACCGACUGGAUUAUGUUCGACCCGAUCCCCCUACACACCAGGAAUCCUCAGUAUGCGUGAUACAACAGCACAGUGCAGUGACAACGUCUUCUCCAGCAACCUGCCUACUGCUAGCAUCAUCAUCUGCUACAUCAACGAGGCUUAG